CGGUUCUUUACCUCAUGACAGUCAACAUCUCUUCCCAGUUAGUCGACAGCACGGCAAUACACAACACUGAACGAUGAUCUGGCCACUCUCUCUUUUGCCUUUCUUUGCGCCGGCACAACUACCGCUCCUGCAGGAAUCUACUUCACGCGGUAUCGAGACCGGCGUCUUACCUCUGCAAUGGCCCGCAUACAACUGCAGCAUCGAUCCGCCACCGGAACCCUGGCACGUCCACCACUACAACGCCCAUCUGACGAUUCUGCGUCAGUCCGGCUGCACAGAGUGCGAAAAACCUUUCCUGUACUUGUUGUACGGGAAUAAAAAAGCGUUGCUGUUAGAUUCGGGUGCGAGGAACGGGGGUGUGCUGGCAGCUGUCCAGCACGAGCUGCAGGCGAAGGGUUGGCAAGGCGAGCUAGUCGUGGCGCAUACGCACGGACAUGAUGAUCACAUCGAGGGCGACUCUGAGCUAGAACAAGCAGGAUACAUCGUCAUACCUGCUACGGUCGAUGCGAACAAUGCAUACUUUAAUAUCACCGACUUUUUUGGCGCUAUCGACCUCGGCACUCGGUUGGUCGAUGUGAUCGCUAUUCCAGGGCACGAAGAGGCUUCAUUGGCGUUCUACGACCACCGUACUGGAAUACUCUUUUCUGGGGACUCGGUCUACCCCGGAAGACUAUACGUUCCCACCACAGCAUGGGACGACUUCGUCACGUCGAACAAGCGACUCGUCGAGUUCACUAAAGACAAACGCGUCACCCACGUCCUGGGCGCACAUAUCGAGCAGUCCCGCACUCCGUAUGUCGACUAUCCGGCAGAAACGGUGUACCAACCCGAUGAACACGCACUGGAGCUAGGAAGGGCAGCUUUGCUGGAGAUCCAGGAUGCGCUGGAGGGGAAGGACAAGCCAGAGAGGGUGUAUAUGCGGGAGUACGCUAUCUGGCCCGUUGAUAGGGCCGUAGAUGUCACUGUGCCGGAGGCGUCGAGUCCUUCACACGGCGAUUUAUAGACCGGCGCUAGGAAUCGGAAUCUGCAUUGUGUUGAUGGAACAAGGCCGCGUCUUGUUAUGGCAGUAUUCAAUACGAACUCAUUGCUAUAGUACAAAUUAGAUACACCACGAGGCUGUUACCUCCCUACAAACUAUGCGACAUCCCAGCUGCGUUGCCCAUAUCUUUUUCCGCCUCAUCCGCCAUCUCAAUCCAGUGGUCUCCAUUGUACAUCUGUGCCCCAGUUCGCAUGGCAAGUGUCACCAAGUCCUUCACCACCGCCCUGUCCGCGUUCUGCAGAAUGAUGUUCUGCAUCUCGUACGUCUUUGCAAUUCGCGCCACGAGCCAGUAGAUAUACCUCGUCCAGUUGCUGAUUUCCACAGGGGAGAGAUCGAACAGCGUGACGCUCUCAAGCGCGGGAAGGCUCGCUUUACCGAGGCUGGUGAGGAAGGACUCGUGGCCUCCCUUCUUCGCAUCCCACCAGUUCUGCCGUUCAGGCGCAUCGAGCGGUUCAGAAAAGGACCCUGCGGCAGGGACAAAGCCAAACAGGCCUAUGCGACGGAGAUGCAAGAGAGGGGGGAACGUCCUCUGGCAUUGGAUGAGCGGUAGGUGGGUGACGUAUUCCUCCAACAUUGGGCAGAGGGCAAGGGAGGAGAGUUCGAGGUCGUAGCUCUUUGGCGCGUGGGGGUACAGAAGAACAAGCUUCGUCAGUGAUUUACCGUGAUGUAGGAGUAGGGGAUGAAGUGAAUCGAUAUCAGCGGAUUGAUAGGCGUCCCCGACGACUGACGUGAGUCGGGGAAGGUCGCACAUGCCAAGCGCGCGGAUAAAUGCGGCAUUCGCAUCGGUCACACGGAGAGCGAUAUGCUGCAAGUUUGGAACUGAGAGUCGUUUGCCCGGUGUGUUGUAGAAUUUUUCCUCCAUAUCGAUGCAUGCUUCGACCAGCCCGAGAACUCGGAGACAGGGUGUAUGCGCGGCGAGGUUGAGCAAAGCCUCCCCAGGCGGGUUGUCCUGCCAAUCGCGGAAGUGCAGUUUGCGUAUUCGACUUGCCUUCAUGGCGGGAAUGAGUGAUCUUGGGAGGUCGUCGACUGCGAUCCAGAGUAACUCCUCUAGCCCGUCGCAAAGCUCGAUAAUCUGCCGCAGUUGUGUGGCCACGUCGUCUACCGCUCCCAUUUCGCCCUCUUCCUCGAGCUCAUCGAAUCUGAACGCGAGAUGCCGCGCAAACCGACCGGCAUGAUCGGCACCGACGCAUUGCUGCAUCAUCAUCAACGCCAAGUCUAGGUCGCGUGGUGUUCCCCAAAGGACGAGCGAUUCGAACAAGAGAGGAAGGAGGAGCACAUUCCAAGAACGGGAAACCAGUCGCAAAUCCCAUAGUCCGCGUUGUUCUUGCCCAUCGUUUGGAAGAUACGUCUCGUCAUGCGACCAUGCAGCAGUGAGGGAUCGCAUGCGACUCGUUGUGUCGUACUUCCAGCUCUCGCUCCAGUCGAAGGCCUGACGGAGGAUAUGCACCCACAACUCGGUUGGGAGGUGAGCGAAUGAGCGUACAGACGUCGUUGACGGUGAUGAAUUCGUUUGUUUGCCUUCCUGGAGCUUCUCCAUGUUUAUUUCUGUCCUUUCAGAGGAAAUCAAGUUGAUCAAUGACCCAUUCUCGAGCCAGGCAGAUCGAUUAGGAGAGAAGUCGAAGUAGGGCAAUGG